AACACGUGCGUUUGUUUUGUUAAGCUAGUCUUCUGUAAAUAACAUUUAAUUUUGUACGUUACGGUUAUUCACUUCCAAUAAUCAUGACGAAGAAGAAAAUAGACAAUCGAAUCCGGGUUAUGAUCGAAAAUGGUGUUAAACUUGGCCAUCGAACCAUGUUCGUGAUUGUCGGUGAUAAGGGUCGUGAUCAGGUACCGAUUUUGUAUGACAUACUUACGAAGGCCUCUGUAAAAGCACGACCCACAGUGCUAUGGUGCUAUAAAAACAAGGAUGAAGCUAUUUCAAACCAUGGAAAAAAACGUGCCAAAAAAAUUCAGGCGGGGAAAAUUGAUAUCAACGAAUCGGAUUUGUUUGAUCUCUUCAGAAUAUCUACAACAAUUCACGGACGUUACUAUAAGGAUACCCACACUAUUCUUGGCAAAACUUAUGGUGUUUGUGUCCUGCAGGACUUUGAAGCCUUGACACCAAACUUGCUUGCAAGAACAAUUGAAACUGUAGAAGGUGGUGGUUUGAUUAUUCUUUUGUUGAAAACUUUAUCUUCCUUGAAGCAGUUGUACACAAUGAGCAUGGAUGUUCAUAAAAGAUACCGUACCGAGGCUCAUCAAAAUGUAACGUGUAGGUUCAACGAAAGAUUAAUACUAUCUUUAGCAGAUUGCUCGCGGUGUCUUUUAGUCAACGACGAUUUAACUGUCUUACCUCUGUCAUCGCGAACAGCGGAGGUGAAGCCCGUAGAGACCGGGUGUAUAAAAAAGAGUACCAACGAUGAAAUGUUGGAAGAGCUGAAGCAUAGUUUGUCUGAUACUCCGCCGGCCGGACCCAUCGUAAAUUUAUGUAAAACAUACGAUCAGGCAAAAGCAGUAGCUCAGUUUAUUGAUGCGUUAGCAGAAAAGCAACUGAAACCGCCAACUUCUCUAACCGCUGGGCGAGGUCGUGGUAAAUCGGCCGCUAUGGGGCUAGCUAUUUCCGCAGCAGUAGCCUUUGGGUAUGUUAACAUAUAUGUGACUUCACCGUCUCCGGAAAAUUUGGUAACUUUGUUCGAGUUCGUUAUGAUUGGGUUUGAUGCUCUUGAAUAUCAGGAACACACGGAUUAUACUAUCAUACGGUCAACAAAUCCGGAUUUUAAUAAAGCUAUUAUAAGAAUUAACAUAACUCGCAAUAAUCGUCAAACUAUCCAAUACAUAUCGCCAUCGGAUGCGCAUUUGCUGAACGCUGCUGAUUUGUUAAUUAUUGAUGAGGCUGCUGCUAUCCCUUUACCAUUAGUAAAAGCUAUGCUUGGCCCAUAUCUUGUGUUUAUGGCAUCCACUAUCAACGGGUACGAGGGAACCGGACGAUCUUUGAGUUUAAAAUUGAUAUCACAAAUUCAAAAAGAUAGCAAGGCUCCUCCACCGAUUAGCUUGGAUGAGUCAAUUCGAUACCGGCCGCAUGAUCCUGUAGAAUCUUGGCUUACUGCCCUUCUUUGUUUGGAUGCAGCCGUGGUUCCUAAUCUUAUAUCUGGAUGUCCAACACCCGAAGCAUGCGAACUGUACUACAUCGACCGAGAUGCCCUGUUUUCCUAUCACCGCGCAGCAGAAGCAUUUUUACAGCGCAUCGUGUCUGUAUGUGUUUCAUCACACUACAAAAAUAGUCCCAACGAUUUGCAGAUGAUGAGCGAUGCUCCAGCUCAUAACCUGUUCUGUCUGCUUGGUCCUAUUACCAAAAAAGACGAGCUGCCGGAAAUACUGGUAGUGAUACAGCUAUGCCUCGAAGGACAGAUAUCUUUUCAGUCAGUACAAAAUUCCUUGGCUCGUGGAAUGAAGUCCGCCGGCGAUCUGAUUCCGUGGAACAUCGCUGAACAGUAUGGUGAUAGCCACUUUCCUAAGCUAAGUGGAGCUAGGAUUGUGAGGAUCGCUACGCAUCCCAAUUAUCAAAGGAUGGGCUACGGUAAACGUGCUCUCCAAUUAUUGAGGAAAUAUUAUGAAGGAGAGUUUACUUCGUUUUCAGACGAACAAAACGAAGAAGACAAUGGUAUUCAAAGUAUCGACGAUGAAGAAGUGGAUUUGUUGAAAGAACUAAUCGAACCGAGAAGCAAUGUUCCGACGCUGCUGAAACGCCUUUGCGAACGUCAGCCUGAACAUUUAGAUUAUUUGGGAGUCUCCUUUGGUCUUACCAGCGAAUUGCUCAAGUUUUGGAAAAGCCAGAGAUAUGUACCAGUUUAUCUCAGUCAAAAAGAAAAUGAUUUAACGGGCGAGCAUUCCUGUAUAAUGAUUUCACUUAUUCAUAAAAAUCUAGAAAAAUUGGAAACCAGUGACUGGUUGAAUCAAUAUUUUGCAGAUUUUCGAAGACGAAUCGUUAAACUUUUCGGCAAGUCGUUCAAACAAUUCGGUACGGGUAUGUGCCUCUCGUUAUUGGAUAACAGAGCUUCGGCAAUCAGUGGACAAGAGCUAACACAAAAAACUAUAGAUGAAUACUUUUUACCGCACGACAUUCAGCGACUUGAAAUGUAUUCCCGCAACCAAGUUGAAUAUAAACUGAUCAUGGAUUUGACCUCAGAUUUGGCAUUACUUUUCUUCCAAGCAAAAAUGGCAGGUGCCAAAAUAGAUCCGCUACAAAAAGCUAUUCUAUUAGGAGUUGGUCUGCAACACAAAAGCAUUGAAAAACUAGCCGAGGAGUUCAAUAUGCCGAACAGUCAAGUAUUGGCAAAAUUUUAUGAUUGCAUAAAAAAGCUUACUAAAUAUAUUAAUUCGACUAUUGAGCGCAACAUAGAAAGUACGAUGGUCAAUGAAAGUGAAUUAAACACUGGUACUGACUUGGUGAUGUUAGAUAAAACAAUAAACGACGAGUUAGCUGACGACGUGAAACAACUACGAAAGAAACAAAAGAAGGAUCUUGCACGAUUAAAAAGAGAAGACAUGAAAGAAUAUGCGAUCAAAGGUACAGACGAAGAGUGGAAAAAUGUUUUGAAAACAAGUAAACCUACAAUUAUAUCCAUCAAGAGUGGUGAAAAAAGAAUGAUUGAGGAUAAUAGUCAACCUUCUGGUGUUGAACCGAAUCGUCCCAGUAAGAAAGCAAAGCAUGCUUUUGCGAAAAAACAUAAAUAUGCUAAAAGUAAAAAAUAA